UCCUUCAGAAGAGCGUCUCUCUCCGGACUCCUCUCAAUGGUGAUACACUGCGUGUGGAUUUAUAAAGCUAUUCUCAACAGGAUUAUAAACUCAUUCACAACCUGUCAGGCGGACUUGAAGCGCGCACUUUUCGUAAGGAAUACGGUGCUUUUCUUUCCAGUUUGAGGAAUGGGAUUAAGGGGAUCGAACAAAAGUUGGCAUUUGUAAAAUGGAGAGAUAAAGCUCGCCUACAGAGCUCACGAAGGCGGACACAGCGGUAAUUCACAGCAAGAGGAAAUGCACAGAGCCUGGGUUCUCCUCAUUGUAAUAGAAGAGGGAUUUGCCCUGGCACAGAAAAUUAGAGAGACCCAGAAUGCUGGUGACUCUCCGUCCAGCACUGAACAGUGCGGCCAGUGGACCCGAAACAUCAAUGGAGGGCUUUUCACAUCUCCGAACUAUCCAAACUCAUAUCCACCCAACAAGGAGUGUGUGUACAUCCUAGAAGCUCUCCCUCGGCAGAGAAUUCAGCUGGCCUUUGACAAAACAUACUAUAUCGAGCCUUCCUUUGAGUGCCGCUUCGACCACAUUGAGAUAAGGGAUGGUCCCUUCGGUUUCUCCCCUCUUAUUGAUCGCUUCUGUGGGCCGAAGAGUCCAGGUGUGGUCACCUCCACGGGCCGCUUCAUGUGGAUCAAAUUCACCAGUGACGAGGAGCUUGAAGGCUUAGGCUUUCGUGUCAAAUACACUUUUAUAGCAGACCCAGAUUUUCAUUUGCACGUCGGUGGAUUGCUAAAUCCAAUUCCAGAUUGCCAGUUUGAGAUCAGUGGUUCAGACGGAGUCAUCCACUCCAGUCAGGUGGAAGAAGAGGAUAAGAUCAAAAAUGGAGACGCGUUGGACUGCAUCUGGACCAUCCGUGCUCCACCUCAGUCCAAGAUAUACCUCCGCUUCCUUGAGUACCAGAUGGAGCACUCGAACGAGUGCAAGAAGAACUUUGUGGCUGUGUAUGACGGCAGCAGCGCCAUUGAGAAUCUGAAAGCCAAGUUCUGCAGCACAGUGGCCAAUGACGUGAUGCUGGAUACUGGCGUGGGGGUUGUGCGCAUGUGGGCCGAUGAAAGCAGCAGACUGAGUCGUUUCCGCAUGCUCUUCACUUCAUUCGUGGAUCCUCCUUGCUCCAGCAGCACCUUUUUCUGUCACAGCAACAUGUGCAUCAACAACUCACUGGUCUGCAACGGCGUUCAGAACUGCGUUUACCCCUGGGAUGAGAACCACUGUAAGGAGAAAAAAUCCAAGGGACUGUUUCACCAGAUAACGAAGACACACGGCACAGUUAUCGGCAUCUCUGCUGGUGUGGUUCUAGUCUUGCUUAUCAUCUCCAUCCUGGUGCAAAUGAAGCAACCUCGUAAGAAAGUAGUGGCUCGUCGACCAGCGGUCUUCAACAAAGGUGGCUUCCAAGAGGUGUUUGAUCCUCCAAACUACGAGCUGUUCUCUCUUCGCGACAAGGAGCUGUCGUCAGACCUGGCAGAGCUGUCAGAUGAGCUGGAUGGGUACCAUAAGCUGCGGCGCUCCUCCACCAUGUCCCGAUGCAUCCACGAGCACCACUGUGGGACCCAACCUCCCUCGGGCGGCAGCGUAAAGCAGAGCCGCACCACCCUCAGCUCCAUGGAGCUUUCCUACCACAACGAUUUCUCCAAGCCUCCGCCCAUGAAGACCUUCAACAGCAGCAACACUGGCACCUACAAGAAGAGCUGCUACGGCUACAAACAGACUCACGACUGUGCCGAGCAGGUGAUCGAGGACCGGGUGAUGGAGGAAAUGCCUUGUGAAAUUUACGUGAGGGGCGGCAGCGUGGCGGGGGCUGCUGGCAGCAUCGGAAGCGGUUGCGGGAGCAUCACCAUCCGUAAUCAUGGCAAUGCUCGUAGUAACAACACCACCGUGGUGGAUCCAGGACAGCGCUCCAUAUCAAUGGACUUCUGAGAUGAACCAGAGCUGGACCAGCACUGACUGGAUGAUUCUGCAUUGUUGUUUUUAAUGCACCCGUCUCUGGUGCUAUAUAGAUAAAAAGGCUGUACACUGAGCGAAUGAACGGACUGUAUAAGGAGAAGCAGGUGAAAUGAUACACAGCUGGCUAUUUUAAUCUCUGUAAAUUUCAAUUGAAAGAUAAACAGUAUGUAGGUUUUGUGUUGUUGCUUGGCAUUAACUCACUUUUUGCUUUGAUUCUGCGGAUAACUGGAAUUACGCUUAAUGAAGAUGACAGCCGUUAUGGUGAACUCAAGUCGUUUAGUGAUCGAAACAAUCCCCAGACUCAUUCUCACUAAAGACGAUAACAAGAAAUCAUGAUAAUGUUUAAAUAUUCAUGACAAAAAAUUUAAAUCCACACCAAAGCUGCUAUAACAACACAUAGAUAAGGUUUUCAGAAUGAUAAAUGUGCUUGUUAAAUGCGCAAACAUUUGAGGGUAUUUUAUCAGGUGAGAACUGCUGAAGAGCUGAGAAAAUGUGUAAAGGUGGAGAUCUGCACAUGAAGAUCUGCUGCAGUGGGAUGCGUUUCAAAUGCCUGUAUUAAACUGUAGUGGGCAACAAUGCAACUAUAAAGAAAAAAACAGGUUUACCCAAGCAUUCACUUAUAAUGUACAAUAGACCAGUGUUUCUCAACCACGUUUCUGAAGAACCACUAGCUCUGCACAUUUCCAUGUCUCCUUAAAUGAACAGCUCAUUAGUAGACACUGAAAGACCUGUAAUGGAUGUGACAGACAAAGGAGACAUCCAAAACAUGCAGUGUUGGUGGUCCUCCAGGAGCGUAGUUGAGAAACACUGCAAUAGAAUAUAUGAGAAAUUGUUCAAUCAGUCAAUCAACUUUAUUUACAGUUAAAGUCAGAAUUAUUAGCCCCCCUGAAUUAUUAGCCCCCCUGUUUAUUUUUUCCACAAUUUCUGCUUAACAGAGAGAAGAUUUUUUCAACACAUUUCUAAACAUAAUAGUUUUAAUAACUCAUUUCCAAUAACUGAUUUAUUUUAUCUUUGCCAUGAUGACAGGAAAUAAUAUUUUACUAGAUAUUUUUAAGACAGCUUAAAGCUAUAUAUUUUUUUCCGACAGUCUACAGAACAAACCAUUGUUAUACAAUAACUUGCCUAAUUACACUAACCUGCCUAGUUAACCUAAUUAACCUAGUUAAGCCUUUAAAUGUCACUUUAAGGGGCUUAUAAUAUUGACCUUAAAAUGGCUUUAAAAAAAAUUAAAACUGCUUUUAUUCUAGCCAAAAUAAAACAAAUAAGACUUUCUCCAGAAGAAAAAAUAUUAUCAGACAUACUGUGAAAAUUUCCGUGCUCUGUUAAACAUCAUUUGGGAAACAUUUAAAAAAGAAAAGAUUUCUAAGGGGGGCUAAUAAUUUAGAUUUAACGAUAUAUAGCACCUUAUUACAACCAGUAGGCUUCCCAAAGUUCUUUACACUAUUAAAAAUAAAAUUAAACAUUAAAACACAUAAGAUCGUGAGAACACAAGUGUCAAUAAAACAGCAUUUUGUACUACCGAAUAUCAAAAGCAAGUCUAAAAACAAGUAAAAUAUGGAUGUAACAUGGACCGAAGACAUUUAAACAAACCAAAAAUGACAACAGAUGUGAAUAUAAUCAGGACAGAAUGCUCAAGCACACCUGAUUUUUUCCCUCAUAAUCAUUGUUGCCACAGUUUAAUGAAAAUGCACAUUUGUGCGCAUUUCUAAGAAUUAUGGUGCUGUUACUUGUGUACACAGUGCACGUGUGUACAUGGGUGCAUUAAAUCUCUAACAAAUUUCUCAGUCACGGUUACAUGUAUAAACAUACAAAAAAUGCGUGUUCAGGCGAGUACACACUAUUGUUUUGGAUAUAUAUCUUUUUCUUUGUAUAUUGUUUUGAAUAUGUAGGUGCAGUCUUAAUAGUGUGAAUGCUAAGCAAAUCAGGACUAAAGCUGCCUUUCCACUGUAUACAACUUACGACAAGCGACAGACCGGAAGUCAUUUGUUUCCAAUGGAGAGGGGUCCGGGAGCUGCGUAGAGUUCCGAUCAUCUUCGUAUGUGGAAAAUUCGGAUCUGAUUUGAGCUGCGGAUCCAUUAAAAUAUUAAUAACUCCUGCGACUAGACCGUAUGCGACCGGCUGACCGGAUGUGAUGUAUUCCAGUGUUGUCCAAGCAGGUCCGUGUGCGCUAGAUGAGAAAUAAGAGUUUUUUCCCAUUAUUUUUUGAAUCAGAAGUCUAUAUUAAAAAAAAACAUUUCUAUUCAUAAACGAGUAAUAAAAAUAAUAUUUUUUAUGUCGUUUCCACAUUCCCUUCAAAAGAUCUAUAAGUUUCUAGUAUUCAUUUAACCAUGGUGAACGAAAGGAGAAUAAAGGCUCUUUUUGCACUUUAUUUCAGACACCUUGAGAAUCAGCUUCUCUCCCAUGGUGCACGACAAGACUGAAAAUUUUGUGCGACUGCCACAAGGGGGCGUAUUCCGACAGUCGUGUCCAAAUGUCAUGUGCAGCGGAAAGGCGGCUUAAACAUAUCAUCUUUCUUGAUGGUUUAUAAACUGCAAACAAACCAAGUGACCCAAACUACAAGCAGCGUUCAACUGAACCACGUCAACCGAGCAGUCGCACCAGAAUUAGUUUUAACCAAUCCAAAACUGCCAAGUGUAAACACAUCCAAAAGUGCUCAAACAGACAAGAAAAUGCAGUUUACAUCUAUAAUAAACAGAAGAAUGUCAUGCUCUGGGGUGGAAACUGAUAUAUUUCAUUACAGUUGCUUUACACCGUGCCCGAAACAGACACAAAAACGGCUUGUGAGGUGACAAUCACAGCUAAUCAGAACAUAUUUGAUGUUUAAUAUGCAGCAGUGCAGACCAACGGGAGCUACGCAACAGUGGAAAAGGCAACUAACAAAAUGUCUGGUCGCUGGUUACAGCAGCUCAGCACAACAAAUGAAGUUUACAUUAAAACAAAGGAUUUGCUUUUGGACACAGUCUUAAGAGGAAUGUGCUUUUAAACCAAUAUGACCGCAGCACACGUUGACCUGAUUUUGACAUUUUUAGCUUUUGUUUUAUCCUAAUUCCCUGUGCGCAUUUAUUAUUGUGUCUAAAGGGUCAUUAAAGACCACCGCACAUACAUUCCUUAUACUAUAUCCUACAUUUUUGGAGGUGCAGUCGAUCCAUCGCAAGCUUCCGAACUAAGUGUGGAAACCUGUAAAUGACGCUUACACCUUUUGUAUAGAAAUGAUCCUUUUUGUUGUUAAAUAGGUAAAAAUGAGCAGGAAUAUAUUUUCUAACCAAUAUAUGUUGUAUAUCAAAUAAUGCGCUUCCAUUUUAGUCAUAACAUGAAUAAUUGUAAAGAUGCUGAUGUGAGAGAUGUCCAAUUACAUUUUAAUAAAAUGACGCCACCUAA